AUGGCAUUGUUCUAUUCUAUUUGGCUGCUUUUUCUGGCUAGAUUUUGUAUUGCUCAAUCCGAUGAAAGCGAUGAGAUUGAUACAGUCGGACUAAAUGCUGCCAAUGAAGUCUACAACGAGAUAUUCAAUGUACGCGGUUAUAAUCGAUUCCUAUCACCAAUCUACACUAGGAAGACUAACAGUUCCGGAGGCUUAAAAACCGCGAAACUAAACAUCCACUUCGAUCUCUGGUACAUUAAAUUGAUCUCAUUGGACGCGCAAAGUCAAAUGCUCAGCAUUUGCCUAGAAUUGAGAACGUAUUGGCGAGAUUCAAGACUUGCUUGGAACGAGAGUCAAUUUGAUGGAGUCGAGCAUAUUUUUGUCUAUUCCGAUGCUGUUUGGCUCCCAGACAAUCAGAUUGGAAAUGCCAAAACAAUCGAUUCGGUGAAGCCGGCUGAUGCACAGAGACUCGUUCAAAUCUUCAGUAACGGAUCGAUCUACUAUCCGGGUUUCUAUUAUACUGAAGUGGCAUGCCCGAUAAUGAUCAGCACUUUCCCAUUCGACAAGCAGAUUUGCCCAAUACCGAUCAUGUCAUUAGCCUUCGAUGUAAACUCUGUUGCCUUGACCGCAUCCAUUGACCCAUUUUUGACGAUGUACACUAAACCUGAAUACAUAAACGCGGUGGCGCGCGAAGUAAGCAAUAACGAAUAUUUUGCUGUACUCACAAAGGCUUUUAUUGAAUGGGGAAACGGUGAAUGGGACGUGACUAAUGUAUCGACUUUUGGCACGGUUCAAGCUGGAGUGCAAAUGGUUCGUUUCAAAAGCCAGCUCAGAAAAAAAACA